CGCGGCUGGCUGGGGAGAGCGAGAAUCGGGGAGGGGACGAACAAGGCAGAGGGGCGGGAAACUGGGGAGCACGGACGCCCGCGGACGUUGAGCGCGCGGCUACUGACAGUGACAGGUCUGAGCGCCAGGGGCGGGCGGGGAAGGAAGAGGGUUCCCGUGGACUGAGACCGAGGCAUUGGCAGGUUCAUUUCUAUGGAUGUUGGUCAAAAAUGGCAGUGAGUGCAGAAGGGAAAUCACAGUGUGCACCCAGCAGCAAAGCUCUCAGGGUCAGAGAACCACCGGGAUUAAGGUGCAGGUGGUCGUCUUGGCCAAAAGGGUUUCAAAAGAGGUGAGGUAUGUGGAGUAGAAAGUGGGGAGCACUCCUAUUCAGAUCAGGAGGUGCCUGGGUGGGGGCUGCAAGGGCCAGUGUUCGGGGUGCAGGCAGGCGGCCCGUGCGUGUCCGUGGGUAGGUGGUGAAGACCCCUUCCCAAGCCCCUCCCCCAGGUGAGAACAUGUUAUCUGUUGUACUUUUGGAGUCUGAGGUUAAGUAGGCCCAGAGGGCUCCUAGGGUGGAAGGGGCCAUUCAGUUCAAGCCAGAGUCCAGAGGAUGUGGGGCAUGGCCCCCACAUCUCCAUGGUGGGCCCCAGAUAUGCCGUGUGAAAGUAAGACUCCAGUCCAGCGGCUUGGCUCAUCAUGCCAGGCCACGCCUCACUGCUCGGCUGCCUUGAACCCUGCCUGGCACAACUGCUCUGUUCAUCCAGGGACACACUCCCCUCACCUUCUUCAGGCUGUGAGCCUUGAGGCUGCAAGAGUUCUCCCAGGACUACCGCCUGAAGAGUCGCUGCUGGACGCCAGCCCUAUCAUGGGCAGCCCCGAGGGCCGUUUCCAUUUUGCCAUCGACCGCGGAGGCACCUUCACAGAUGUCUUUGCCCAGUGCCCCGGGGGGCAUGUGAGGGUCUUGAAGCUGCUCUCGGAGGACCCUGCCAACUAUGUAGACGCACCGACUGAGGGCAUCCGCCGCAUCCUGGAGCAGGAGGGGGGCAUGCUGUUGCCCCGGGACCGGCCGCUGGACACCAGUCGCAUUGCCAGCAUCCGCAUGGGCACCACAGUGGCCACCAAUGCGUUGCUGGAGCGGCGGGGGGAGCGGGUGGCCCUGCUGGUGACACGUGGCUUCCGAGACCUGCUGCACGUGGGCACACAGGCCCGAGAGGACCUCUUUGAUCUGGCGGUGCCCAUGCCUGAGGUACUGUAUGAAGAGGUGCUGGAGGUGGACGAGCGUGUGGUGCUGUAUCGUGGGGAGCCGGGCGCAGGGACACCUAUCAAAGGCUGCACAGGGGACCUGCUGGAGGUGCAGCAGCCCGUGGACCUCGGGGGUCUGCGUGGGAAGCUGGAGGGGCUCCUGUCCCGAGGCAUUCGCAGCCUGGCCGUGGUGCUCAUGCACUCCUACACGUGGGCCCAGCACGAGCAGCAGGUGGGCGCACUGGCCCAGGAGCUGGGCUUCACACACGUAUCACUGUCCUCGGAGGCCAUGCCCAUGGUGCGCAUCGUGCCCCGGGGGCACACGGCCUGUGCCGACGCCUACCUGACGCCCACCAUACAGCGUUACGUGCAGGGUUUCCGCCGUGGCUUCCAGGGUCAGCUCAAGGACGUGCAGGUGCUGUUCAUGCGCUCUGAUGGUGGCCUGGCACCCAUGGAUUCCUUCAGUGGCUCCCGCGCUGUGCUGUCUGGACCUGCUGGGGGUGUUGUUGGCUACUCAGCCACCACCUACCAGGUGGAAGGCGGCCAGCCUGUCAUUGGCUUUGACAUGGGAGGCACAUCCACCGACGUGAGCCGCUAUGCUGGGGAGUUUGAGCAUGUCUUUGAGGCCAGCACGGCUGGUGUCACCCUCCAGGCCCCCCAGCUGGACAUCAACACAGUGGCAGCUGGUGGGGGCUCCCGCCUCUUCUUCAGGUCCGGCCUCUUUGUGGUGGGGCCGGAGUCUGCAGGAGCCCACCCUGGGCCUGCCUGCUACCGCAAGGGGGGUCCCGUGACAGUGACGGAUGCUAAUCUGGUUCUGGGUCGCCUACUGCCUGCCUCCUUCCCCUGCAUUUUUGGGCCGGGAGAGGAUCAGCCACUGUCCCCUGAGGCCUCCCGAAAGGCCCUGGAGGCUGUGGCUACUGAGGUCAACAGCUUCCUGACCAAUGGACCUUGCCCGGCCUCCCUGCUGAGCCUGGAGGAGGUAGCCAUGGGGUUCGUGCGUGUGGCCAACGAGGCCAUGUGCCGGCCCAUCCGCGCACUCACGCAGGCACGAGGCCAUGACCCCUCAGCCCACAUUCUGGCUUGCUUCGGGGGAGCUGGUGGGCAGCAUGCUUGUGCCAUCGCCCGGGCCCUGGGCAUGGACACUGUGCACAUUCACAGGCACAGCGGGCUGUUGUCGGCACUGGGACUGGCCCUGGCAGAUGUGGUGCACGAGGCACAGGAGCCAUGCUCCUUGCCUUACACGCCUGAGACCUUUGUGCAGCUGGACCAGAGGCUGAGCCGCCUGGAGGAACAGUGUGUGGACGCCCUGCGGGCCCAGGGCUUUCCCAGGCCCCAGAUCAGCACCGAGAGCUUCCUGCAUCUACGCUACCAGGGCACUGACUGUGCCCUGAUGGUGUCUGCCCACCAGCACCCAGCCACUGCCCGCUCGCCCCGGGCCGGUGACUUCGGGGCCGCCUUUGUGGAGAGGUACAUGAGGGAGUUUGGCUUCGUCAUCCCUGAGCGGCCAGUGGUGGUGGACGACGUGCGCGUGAGGGGCACUGGCCGCAGUGGCCUUCGCCUUGAGGAUGUCCCCAAAGCUCAGACUGGGCCUCCCCGGGUAGACAAGAUGACCCAGUGCUACUUUGAGGGGGGGUACCAGGAAACCCCCGUAUACCUGUUGGGAGAGCUGGGCUACGGGCACAAGCUUCUGGGGCCCUGCCUCAUCAUUGACAGCAACAGCACCAUCCUGGUGGAACCAGGCUGCCAGGCAGAGGUGACUGAGACGGGGGACAUCCGCAUCUCUGUGGGGGCUGAGGCCCCAAGCACGGUGGGUGCCCAGCUGGACCCCAUCCACCUGUCCAUCUUCUCGCACCGCUUCAUGAGCAUUGCUGAGCAGAUGGGCCGCAUCCUGCAGCGCACAGCCAUCUCCACCAACAUCAAGGAGCGUCUGGACUUCUCCUGUGCCCUCUUCGGGCCAGAUGGGGGGCUGGUAUCCAAUGCCCCCCACAUCCCUGUGCACCUGGGCGCCAUGCAGGAGACCGUGCAGUUCCAGAUCCAGCAGUUGGGGGCUGACCUCCACCCUGGCGACGUGCUGCUGAGCAACCACCCUAGUGCUGGGGGCAGCCAUCUGCCAGACCUGACAGUCAUCACGCCGGUGUUUUGGCCGGGUCAGACUCGGCCUGUGUUCUACGUGGCUAGCCGUGGGCAUCAUGCAGACAUUGGGGGCAUCACACCAGGCUCCAUGCCCCCCCACUCCACCACACUGCAGCAGGAGGGUGCUGUCUUUCUGUCUUUCAAACUGGUCCAGGGGGGAGUCUUCCAGGAGGAGGCGGUAACUGAGGCCCUGCGGGCUCCAGGCAAGAUUCCCGGCUGUAGUGGAACUCGGAACCUGCACGACAACCUUUCAGACCUCCGUGCACAGGUGGCAGCCAACCAGAAGGGCAUCCAGCUGGUGGGAGAACUCAUUGGGCAGUAUGGCCUGGAUGUGGUGCAGGCCUACAUGGGCCAUAUUCAGGCAAACGCUGAGCUGGCCGUGCGGGACAUGCUUCGGGCCUUUGGAACCUCCCGGCAGGCCCGAGGCCUGCCCCUGGAGGUGUCAGCAGAGGACCACAUGGACGAUGGCUCCCCCAUCCGACUCCGUGUGCAGAUCAACCUGAGUCAGGGCAGUGCAGUAUUUGACUUCAGCGGUACGGGGCCUGAGGUAUUUGGCAACCUGAACGCGCCGCGGGCCAUCACGCUGUCUGCCCUCAUCUACUGCCUCCGCUGUCUGGUGGGCCGCGACAUCCCGCUCAACCAGGGCUGCCUGGCGCCCGUGCGCGUGGUGAUUCCUAGAGGCUCCAUUCUGGACCCGUCCCCUGAAGCGGCCGUGGUGGGCGGCAACGUGCUCACGUCACAGCGCGUGGUGGACGUCAUCCUAGGGGCCUUUGGGGCCUGUGCUGCCUCGCAGGGCUGCAUGAACAAUGUGACCCUGGGUAAUGCCCACAUGGGCUACUACGAGACGGUGGCCGGCGGCGCGGGCGCAGGCCCCGGCUGGCACGGGCGCAGCGGCGUGCACAGCCACAUGACCAACACGCGCAUCACCGACCCAGAGAUCCUGGAGCGCAGGUACCCAGUCAUCGUGCGCCGCUUCGAGCUGAGGCUGGGGUCUGGGGGCCGCGGCCGCUUCCGGGGCGGUGAUGGCGUCGUCCGCGAGCUGCUCUUCCGCGAGGAGGCGCUGCUGUCCGUGCUGACUGAGCGCCGCGCCUUCCAGCCCUACGGCCUCCACGGGGGCGAGCCCGGCGCCCGUGGCCUAAACCUGCUGGUCCGCAAGGACGGCCGGACGGUGAAUCUGGGGGGGAAGACGUCGGUGCCCGUGUACCCGGGGGACGUGUUCUGCCUCCACACACCGGGCGGCGGGGGCUACGGGGACCCUGAUGACCCCGCCCCGCAGCCGCCGGGGUCGCCCCAGCAGCUCCCAGCCUUCCCUGAGCGCGGCAGCGUCUAUGAGUACCGCAGAGCCCAGGAGGCCGUGUGAGGGAGGGUCCCCACAAUAAACAGCUCUGAAGUCGCCCCGUCCCCGUGGCAACUGGCCAGGCUCACGCUCUGUGUCCGUGUCCGUCUUUCCACCCGGCCUGCGUGCGUGUGUGCGUCAGGAGGGCGCGGACACUCGGAGCCGAAGUCCCACGGCCAGGUGGUCUGUGAGCCCCGCCAGGGCGGUGCUGAAAGUCACCUGCUCCACCUCCUGGGGGAGGGAGUCAGGUUGAGGUGUCGCCUCGGUCCCGGCCGGCCCAGCGCCC